UCUGGGUUACCCGCUCUCCUCUCUCUGCUCCUUUGUCUCAUCCCUGGGAAGGCUAUCCAGAUCACCUGUGAACCAGGCUGGCAGGCCUUGGGGGCAGAUGCUUCCUCAUCCUUGCGGCAGGUCGACUCCAUUUUAUUUGCUGAGUUCCAGGCCUGGAAGGAAUCUCCAACUUUGGACAAAUCCUCUUCCUUCCUGGACAGAAUUUAUCGAGAAGAUGUAGGACCUUGUCUGGAUUUCACUAAGCAGGAGCUGUCGGAGCUGGUGCGGGCGGCUGUGGAGCAGAAUACCCUCACCAUUGAGCCGGUUGCUUCCCAGACGCUGCCUAUGGUGAAGGUGUCAGCAGAAGAGUGCGGUGGGCCGAAUGGGUUCCGGUCACAAAUUGUAACGAAAUGUGCUCUGAGUGGCCUCCCCAGGACUUGUAAGCACCGCAUCAUGCUGGGGGAUUCCGCAAAUUACUACUACAUUUCACCAUCCUGCAGGGCCAGGAUCACGGCGGUGUGCAACUUUUUCACAUACAUUCGCUAUAUCCAACAGGGCUUGGUGAGGCAGGAUGUGGAGCUGAUGUACUGGGAGGUCAUGCGGCUCCGGAGGGAGAUGUCUCUGGCCAAACUUGGGUUUUAUCCCAGUGAGAUGUAA